GUCAACAACGGUGAUGAGGGAGAGAAGGAAAAAAAAAUUAAAAAUAAGGGGAGAAAAAAAAAUUUGGAGAUUUCCGAGGGGACGGUGCGAGAGAACGAGAAAGAUUAACAACCGGCUACCGAAGACGGAAAAUGUGUCGUGUGCGAACGGGAAAACGCGACGGGAGAAGACGGAGAAACUACCGCAACGGCGUACGUUACAGCAGAGCGCCGGCGACGGGACACGAUGCGGCGGCACUCGAAUGAACUAUUAUUUGAAAAAAAUACCGCUACAGAAAGCCACAAAGAAUUUUGCUCCAUUGUUUCGUGUCAAAGAAUACUUCUACCCUACAAAUGGGUCAAUUUGUUUUAUUCUUAGCUUUUUAUAAGCUUAUAAAGAAGCCAUACAUGUUACCAUUUUAAAGUGUUUACUAUUACUCGACCAGGGUACGUAAUUAUUAUGAAAUCGAACAUAAAUAAUAUGGAAGCAUUGCUGAAAUUUGGA